UCAAAUAGUAACGAUAUCAGGAUAUCAGAUGUUCACGAAAAGGUAAGCGGACCCGGACUCAACAGUGGCCUCCGUCACAAACACAUGCAAAGUCUCUCCACCUCUCUCUCCAACUCUCUCUCCUCCAGUCUCUCCACCUCUCUCUCCAACUCUCUCUCUAACUCUCUCUCCUCCAGUUUCUCCACC